GUCUGUGUUUGGAUUGAGUUUAUUUGGGGGUAAUCUCAGAGAAGAAAGGCUUAUUUCUGGACUUGGCACGAGGGUGUAGGCGUGAGAUGAAGACCGUUGCGUGGGUUUCCCGGAUGGAGUAGCGACGCCAUCUUUACGCCAGUGCUACCGGUGAGUCUUCGGUUCAGUGGAGCGACAGUGCUGUUGCGGAUCCACCACCAGGAAUCGCCGAGCCGCCGAUAAUCCUCCCUUUCUUUUUUUUUUUUGCACCGGGACGCCACGAACAGUCCCUACACCCCCUCCUCCGAGCACCAUGGCAGAUCGAGAGAACCUAGUAUACCAGGCGAAACUCGCCGAGCAAGCGGAGAGAUAUGACGAAAUGGUGGAGUCGAUGAAGAAGGUGGCCAGUAUGGACGUGGAGCUGACGGUGGAGGAGAGGAAUCUGCUCUCAGUAGCGUAUAAGAACGUGAUCGGAGCCAGAAGAGCUUCCUGGAGGAUAAUCAGCAGUCUCGAACAGAAAGAAGAAAAUAAAGGCGGAGAAGACAAACUAAAGAUGAUCCGAGAAUACAGGAAAACGGUUGAGAAAGAGCUGAAAUCAAUCUGCAACGACAUUCUGGAUGUACUGGACAAGCACCUCAUCUUAGCUGCAAACACGGGAGAAUCUAAGGUUUUCUACUACAAAAUGAAGGGAGAUUACCACAGGUACCUGGCAGAGUUUGCCACAGGCAAUGACAGGAAGGAGGCGGCAGAGAACAGUUUGGUCGCGUACAAAGCUGCUAACGACAUCGCCAUGAUCGAACUCCCUCCAACGCACCCCAUUCGUCUGGGAUUGGCCCUUAACUUUUCAGUUUUCUAUUAUGAAAUCCUCAACUCGCCAGACCGUGCUUGCAAUUUGGCGAAGAAAGCGUUUGACAAUGCCAUUGCAGAACUGGACACGCUGAGCGAGGAAAGCUAUAAGGACUCAACACUUAUCAUGCAGUUGCUACGUGACAACUUGACACUAUGGACCUCAGAUGUGCAGGGAGAUGAGUCUUAAGGACAGCCCUCUUCCUUCACUCUUCCUCCAUUAUAGAAGUGUAUUUUGUGAAGAACAGAACAAAGAAGCACUGCAAGAUGCGGAGGAAGAGACCCAGUGAGACUGAACAACGCAAGACAAGCCCUCCUCGUCCUCCUCCUCCUCUUCCUCCCUUAUUUCUCUCCUCCCAGCACUGGCUCCUGUCCCAAUCCACAGUUUUCAGCUGGGUUUAUACUGCAGCCCACACUCUUUCUCUACCUUCUCCUCCAUUUCUGCCCAUCUGUCUCACCUUUUCUCCUCGUAUGCACGUCAUCUCCCAACCCUCUCAGGGCCCGCCUCGGCUCUUCAUUUCCACUCCCCAGGGGUUUUACUUUAUUUUCGAUGACUCAUUUUGCAAGCCCGUACCCUUAAAGGUUCAUGUCCUCUUUUACUGUUUUUAUUUUGCUUUACUGUAUCGUCUGUUGCCAAGUACGCUUGCCUGUAUUUGUAACACACAUAUGCAAGAGUUUAUUUAAAGACAAUACUUUGCUGUUCAACUUUUUCCUUGUGUAUGUGUGUUCAUGAACAUUAAUAUUGUCCAUACUUCUGUCAGAAACGGUUCAGUUUGCAAUUUGAGGAAACCUAGCAGCGAUGGAAGGUUUAAAAGGGAUGCGUCAAAGCUUUUAGGAAGAACUAAGUGCCCUCUUUACUUUGUGGUUACCAAACCUGCUCAUUCACCACAUCAGUAGUUUUUUUUCUUUUUUUUAUGACAAACUGCAGAAUGUCCCCCUUGUCCGAGCAUCACUCUGACCUCUAUUCUUGUCCACUCUCGGACCAAGUAUUGUGCUGCGAGGCUGUAGCGCUUUUGCUAAUGGCAGAUAGUUAGGUAAUGGCUUUCUUAGCAGACAAACCGUGCGUAUGUGUGUGCGUGGGAGGGGAAUGCUCAACACUCUUGAUUGUAACGUAAUGCAGUUUUGCAUUAGCACUAUAUUUAAAAAAAAAAAAAAUCAAAAAAAAAAAAGGUUUGGGAAAUAGAGGCCUGCUGUAUCUUUACUCCCCUGACUCUUUCAGGUUUUCCUCGUCUCAUCUGUCUCUUUCCUCUCAUUUCCUCUCUUCCUUCUGUUCAGUAUGUGUAACGUGAAUCUGAUUUGUACUACUGGAUGUUCUCACCGGAGCCACAAGUACCAUCUGUAUUCUUACUGAAACACAGCAUGGAAUUAACAUUAAACUUCAAAUUCAAAAAUGUUCAA